CCCUAUCCUGGCCGCCUCUGGCAGGGAUCUUCUGUUGUGUUGGAGUAAACCUCUAUCUCCACCUUCUCCACUGACAGGCGGCAACAGUGAACCUCUGCUUCGCCUCUUUCCAGACAAUCUGCGCUCAGGAAUUAACAUCCAAAGCCAUAAAGGAGGCGAGCAUCUCUUAAAGGCAUCCAGUGCUGUUCUUGGAGAACCCGUGCUGACUCAUACCAGAUUAACCGACUGAGACCCACUACUGGAUACAGGGGUCAUCACUCUUAAACCUCCAGCUUCUGGAUAUCUUCGCGCUGAAGAAAAAGAGAGCAAGAAAAAGAGAUCCCUGGAUUGGAUAAGAACCAUGGGAACAGCUACUAUGGAUCUGAGAGUUAGCAUACUCUGAAUCAACUCUCAUUCAGGCACAAUGGUCCCCCUUCUGUUUUCGGUGGCAACCACAACAAUAUCUAAUAUCAAUAGCACUACCAAUGACACCAGCUCGAAAGGAGGAGAUGCAUCUCCCAGCCACCAGAUCCUUUCCAUUGUGCUGGUUGUGUCGUUGCUGAUCCUCAUCUUCACCCUGUUGGCCUGGUAUAUCCUCAGGUUAAAAAACCAAAAAAAAACAGUCGUCACAACAGUUGACAAGAAAAUACCGAAUGGCAUCCUGGAAGAACAAGAACUUGGAUACAGUUCUGAGUCGUUGUACACCGUUGUACCUCCAGAGCAACAGACGGUGGUCCUUCUGCCCAAAUCCCCCUCAGCCUCUAAGACCUACCUACCCAUCCCAGUGGACCAACUGGAGGAGGAAUACCGGCUCCGCUCAGCUGAUGAUGGCAAGCUCUUUAGGGAGGAGUAUAAUUCCUUGCCAGGGGGUAAUGCACAGGGGACGUAUGAAGAGGCCAACAAGGAUGAGAACAAGGAGAAGAACAGAUACCCCAACAUCCUUCCCUAUGAUCAUUCCCGAGCGGUGCUGACUCAGUUGGAUGGAAAUGCAUGUUCGGACUACAUUAAUGCAUCUUACGUUGACGGUUACACGGAAAAGAACAAAUUCAUAGCUGCACAAGGCCCAAAAGAAGAGACGGUUGCUGAUUUUUGGAGGAUGAUAUGGGAGCAGAAAGUAGCAACAAUAGUCAUGCUGACAAAUCUAAAAGAAAGAAAAGAGGAUAAGUGUUACCAGUACUGGCCAGACCAGGGCUGCUGGACUUAUGGGAAUGCAAGGGUGGCAGUCGAGGACUGCACAGUCCUAGUGGACUACACAAUACGCAAGUUCUGUGUGCAACAUCAAGCCAGUGAUGCUGCUAAGACUCCCCGUCUGGUCACACAGCUUCACUUCACCAGCUGGCCUGACUUUGGAGUUCCUUUCUCCCCCAUUGGCAUGCUCAAGUUCCUGAAAAAGGUCAAGACCGUGAAUCCACCCUGUUCUGGGCCUAUUGUGGUCCACUGCAGCGCUGGUGUUGGGAGGACGGGAACCUUCAUUGUAAUCGACGCCAUGAUUGACAUGAUGCACUCAGAGCAGAUGGUUGACGUGUAUGGGUUUGUCUCUAAGAUACGAGAGCAGCGCUCCCAGCUCAUUCAGACAGAUAUGCAGUACUCAUUUGUCUACCAGGCCUUGCUUGAAUACUACCUCUAUGGAGACACAGAGCUGGACGUGUCAUCUCUGGAAGGACAUCUACACAAACUGCACAACACAUUUGCAGACGGUGACCGGGUGGGCCUGGAGGAAGAGUUUAAGAAACUGACCAACAUGCGGAUAAUGAAGGAGAACAUGAGAACUGGGAACCUUCCUGCAAACAUGAAGAAGAACAGAGUUCUACAAAUAAUUCCAUAUGAUUUUAACAGAGUCAUUCUCUCCAUGAGAAGAGGUCAGGAGUUCACAGAUUACAUCAACGCAACGUUUAUAGAUGGAUACAGACAGAAGGACUAUUUCAUUGCCACACAGGGCCCUCUCCUUCAUACAGUGGCGGAUUUCUGGAGAAUGGUGUGGGAAUGGAAAUGUCACUCCAUUGUAAUGCUUACUGAGCUCCAGGAGAGGGAGCAGGACAAAUGUUGCCAGUACUGGCCAACAGAGGACUCCGCUACCUAUGGAGACUACGUUGUAGAGCUGAAGGCAGACACUUUGUGUGAAACCUUCAGUCUACGAGACUUGGUACUCACCUUUGUUCCAGAGAAGCAGACAAGGACGAUCAGGCACUUCCACUUCCACGGCUGGCCAGAGAUUGGCAUCCCGGCAGAGGGCAAAGGCAUGAUCGACAUCAUCGCCUCAGUGCAGAGACAGCAGCAGCAGUCUGGGAACCAUCCCAUAGUCGUUCACUGCAGUGCUGGUGCAGGGCGAACAGGUACGUUCAUUGCACUGAGCAAUAUCUUGGAACGAGUCAAAGCAGAAGGCCUGCUGGACGUGUUCCAAACUGUGAAGAGUUUACGCAUGCAGAGGCCUCAUAUGGUCCAAACAGUUGAACAGUAUGACUUCUGCUACAGGGUGGUACAAGACUUUGUUGACAUUUUCUCAGACUAUGCCAAUUUUAAAUGAAAUUUGCCUUAAACAUGGUUUUUAAAUGUUUUUUAAAGCCAAUUUUGCAGUUUUCAGUUUCCUUAACCUUGUAAAAUAAUCUUCUAUUUUGCUAUGCACUUGUCCUACCAUUAACCCAAGAUGUUGUUCUGCUGUGAUAUAUGGUAUGUCAGAGGGUGGAAAUUUUAAAUGGAAAAAGUUAGAUUAAUAUUGUACAUUUUACAACAUGUAUGAUGGUUAAGUUGUCAUCAAGUGUCGCUACAAAGUUGGUCUCUGGUUUCAGUUUUGUUGUAUAGUGUUGUUUUAUAACAUUGUAAAAUGUCUGAGUUUUAUUUUGAACUGAUGAUUGUUUAAAAAAAUGUAGUUAUUGUAAAUGUAUUUAUGUAUUGACAUUCUUUCCAUGUGUUAAUGUUUAUUAUUUUUGUUAAUUAUAAAUUUAUCGCUAACAUCUGAGAUUAGAGGAAUGUUUUUCCUUGUCUUUAAGAUACAAGGCUGUCAGACUUGUUUGUAACGCCAGAGAACAAAAGUCUGAGGUGGUGAUACUGACCCUGGCUUUAAAAAAUUAAUUCAGCUAGCCAGCCCAGACAGACACAACAUGCGCUUAACUUGGAUAAAAUGUGCUAACAACCUGCCUUUUAUCUGUAUACAGCAAAAAGUACUUUGCUAAGAACCACUGCACAUUAAAAAAAGCACAUAUCAGAAAUAUUUGCCAAGAACCUGUAACAAAAAACAUGUUUUUUUAAUAUUUAAGAUUAAAUUAUUGCUCAUUAUAGCCAUAAUUAAGUCACGAUACCUUUAAGUUAAUUUAUGUAUGGUGAUAAUUACAGUAAAGUACAAUUUUGUGUUGCACAGUCAAAACACAAAAAAAUCAACAUGCUAGCCCUGAGUCUGAAAGAGUUGCAGAAACAGUCCUUCAGUUUCUUUUCCAAACUGGUUUACAGAAUAAAGAAUGUGAAUGGUUCAAAUGGGAAAGAGAAAGGACAGGAUGUGAAAUUUAAAUAGAUUUUAGAAAAGAAUCUGAUCCGUCUGGUACUCAAACAACUAACAGUUUUAUUUUUGCUACAUGUAAAUGCAACGUGACAAAGUGCUACCAUAGUGACCAAUGGCUACGGAGCAAGGCACUGUAAAGAGAUUGGUCCCGUUUUGUGUGUUACACGUAUCUGGCUUUGAGAGAUUUGAGAUGAUGAAACAGACUGAACAGAACAAUGUUGUCUGUGUUGCCAGGGCUUGAUUUUUUGUUGUAGAUGUCCAUUUGAGAACAGAUAAAAGGGCUUGUUUAAACGCCAGCCCUUUGCCUUCGCUCGCUCUCUCUCUUUGGGUGGUCUAUCAUAUUUUUCAGUGUCUUUAAAAUGCAAGUUGCAAUAUUAAAUUCAUCUAAAAUUG